AUGGUGUCAGCUACUGCGCUCAUUGUCGAACAUACAGCUUGUCCUUUCACUGCUGACACUGUUGAACUUGAGCCCUUGCGCGCAGUUGAAGUUCUCGUAGAGCUCAAAGCCACCGGUGUCUGCCACACUGAUGUUGCUGUGCAGCAUGGAAAGCUCCCAGGCGUGUUCCCGGUUGUGCUUGGGCACGAAGGCGCAGGUGUCGUACGUGCAGUAGGACCCGACGUUCGAGAUGUUGAAGUGGGAGACCAUGUUCUUCUCUCGUACUCCUAUUGCAGAGAGUGUCGCAGUUGCAGGAGAGAGCGCCCGUAUCAAUGUACUCAAAUGUUCGAGCGGAACUUUGUCUCGAGAGAUCCUGGCCGAUCACAAUCAGUGAUGUGGAACGGUACUCCCAUCCAUGCAUCUUUCUUCGGGCAAUCCUCUUUCUCCAAUCCUGCCAUUGUCCACGAGGAAUGCUGUGUGCGAAUCGACAAGAAAUACCCUCUUGAAAUUCUGGCGCCACUCGGAUGCGGUGUCCAGACCGGCGCCGGCUCUAUUUUCAAUGUGGUGAAGCCAAUUGAGAACGACAUACGAUCACUGGUCGUUUUUGGCAUUGGAGGAGUAGGAAGUGCUGCGAUUAUGGCAGCUCAUGCCCUGCACAUUGACAACCCCGAGCUUCUCACCAUGAUCAUUGCGGUCGACAUGCAACAGGAUAGACUGGCACAGGCAAAGGGACUAGGCGCAACCAACGUCAUACACUCUUCCAAUAUCGACGACGUUGUAGCAGGAAUACACCAUAUCACAGCUGGAGGAAGCAUUGACGCUGCAGUCGAUUGUACAGGGGCUGUGUCUGUCAUCAAUGCCAUGGUCGGUGCCCUGGGCGCAGGUGGUACUGCAGUGUCGGUAGGAGCAACAGCAGCAGCUGCCGAGAUGUCCAUUCAGGUUUUCCCAUUCAUCAAUGGUUGCAAGAAGUAUCAAGCUUCGAAUCAAGGCAAUAGUUUGUCGAGGAAGUUUCUGCCCCUCUUGGCCGAUCUUUAUAUGAAAAAUCAACUUCCCAUCGACCGAUUGCAAAAGCAACACAGACCGUCGGAAAUUAACAAGGCCGUCGAGGACAUGCUCGAGGGCAUCACUAUGAAACCUGUCAUCAUAUGGAGCUAAUUCAUACUCCCGGAAC